AUGUCCAAUUCCGGAAAUGAUCCCACAUUUGAAACAGAGUUGAUACAGACAACUGCUCAAGCUUACGAAGCGCUUGCAUCUUCAGAAAACAUUGCAGCGAAGUUCUGGGAGAAAUGGAACACUAAAUAUCUUACUAUUUUACGCGACAGCCACAGAUGUCAACUGAAUCGGAAACGUCAUGUGAGUAAAAUUCCAGAAAUCGGUGAAAUUGUACUAGUUGAACAGGAAUUACUGCCCAGAGGACAAUGGGUACAUGGUAAAAUAGAAGAUUUAGUUCGAAGCGCAGACGGCAUGAUAAGGUCCGCUAAAAUUCUAAUGCCUAUCCGCAAAAUUUUGCGGAGACCAUUAAUAAAAUAUACCGUCUAA